AUGCGCAAACCACGAUCGCCUGCCCCGGGUAGUUUGAAAUCGAGUGCUCCUAGGACUUACUCCAAAAGUCCCAAGUUCAGCCCGAAGCCUACCUCGGGCGCGGCUCGCAGGCAUCCCUCAAAGGAUACGCGCUCCCCUCUACGAUCGGUGUCAAACGUCUCUAAAGCCUCCACGCAAUCUGAGUUCGACGGUACAGUCCAGAUCAAAACGAAGAAGGAUAAGGACAUAAAAGAGGAUACACCAGAAUGGCGUAGACGACUAGUGCGCGGGGAAAUCGCCGGCGAGCAACGAGACCUGUUUGCGCCAAUGGGACUUGAAAGCGUGUUCAAGCCGCCCACACCUGGUGCUGCCACAGCGCAACAAGGGUCUACUCCGUUUACGAAGCAGGAAGACCAUCUGUGGGAUUUCGCCGACACACCUUCGCGACAGGACGGAGACGAGCGUAACAGUCACGACGAUGACCUCGAACGCAUUGUCAAUGAGGAUGGAAGGGAAAGUGGCGACCGAUCGCCGGAAAGACCUAUCAUUCGCGCCCUUUGGGGGACUAAUGGGGGAAUGGACGUGUAUUGGGACCAGGAAGGGUUCUCGCAAGCGGGGAAUACACAGCUACGGACAGCGAGUGGACUGGAGGAUUUGCGUAACGAGGGUAUCACACCCAUCACCUUUACCCGGAACAAUACUGUGGAUGGCAAUGGGACUGCAGAAGUCAUCAAGUCUGCGCUGAAGCAGGUCACCAGCAAGUUGGAAAGCCUGUCUGUCGAACAUGAUAGUCGCCUGGAUUCCCCUGCAAGCGAUAGUUUCCUCUUUUACAACUACAGUGAACCUCACCCGGAUGGGUCUCCACGAGAUGACAGCUUGUUGGACGUGACAAGUCAUUCUUUACCUCAAGAUCUGUCGAUGGGCACAGUGGACUUCAACAGUCGGCGAGGAAACCGCUCCUUCCCUCGCCGAUUCUCCCCUUCGCCCUUUCCUUCGCAUCGUAUGUCCCCCGCAACACUCGCGAACUCCAAAGUCCGAAGUUCCCCCUUGUUCAACCCCCUACAUAAGACCACGUCACCCGUUCUACCGCGUCCGUCCUCGUCUAAUGUUCGCCCAUCCACGGCUGGAGCUGAAUAUAAGCUCAAAAUGCCAUCAUCAGGAAGUCCAUUGAAGCUCUUCGGUGACCAUGACACAUUCACUAAUAACAGACUUCUCCGACGUAUGAGCCAAUUUGAAGACAACUUCAGCGACACGUCAGAAGGAGAGGAGCCCCCUUCGCCUUCAGAAGAAGCGCGAAGAAAAGGCGAAAACCGCAGCUUCUUAAGCUCAAGACAUGGGCCAUUGCAGGAGAUCUCUCCUAGACGAAAUGAACGGCUUGGAUCUCGCAAUGCUGUACAUCGAAUCAGCCAAUUUGGAGGUGGCGAAUUAGACAAGUUUGAUUUUUCGGACACCAGCCCUUACGAGCACAAACUAGUCUACGAUGCGGCCGGAGGUUUUGGGUCCCGCCCCUCUUCACGCAAGCGAUCGUCAACCCGGCAAAAAUAUCUCCGUGGCCCCUCACAGCAAGGGUUGUAUCAUUACAGCAGAUCUGCAAGCUCGGGAUUCACCCGGAAACCAUCUGCCUGGCGCCAGGAUUUCUUUGAUGAAGCGCAGCAUGGGACUCGCUCACAUAACAAGGAAAACAUGGCUCCCGAUGUGAAGCGAGUACCCCGGGCCCCCGGCAUGGACCCGACGCCCAAACGGCGCCGAACAAUCAUGAGAGAUAAUAGCGCUGAGCUCUUUCACAAUGCCAGUGGAGGUUCGCCUCAGAAAUACGGUGACAGCAUGUCACUGUUGCAACGAAGUCUCUUGCAACAUGGUGUACAGCUCGAAAAUAGCGACUAUCUUGCUCCUCCGGGCCUUUCUCAAUCGAGACAGCGACCUCGAACACCCACACCGAGCCAAAUCCGAACAGACGGGGAAAGCUAUAUUGGACCACACAGAGAUUUCUCCGAAUGCAAUUUCGAAAACAACGAUUAUUCUGAUUCUUUUUCCCUUGAUGGCGAUGUUCCACUAGUGAAGAUUACUGGGACUAGUGAUACCUCACGAAAAGGCUCUAUCACCACUCAGGAUUAUUUAAACGAGGCCACCAAGAUCAUGGAUCUCAUCAGAUCCAAAGGGCGAGGCGCGGCUGGUUUGACAAGCGUACAUGAGUCUGACAUGGAAAGUGAGGGCGACGACUUUAGCGACGACGAUGAAUCCACCCGGGAAGCCUUUUCUCGCCCUCCGAGCCGUGACGGAACGGAUCUUCGCAAGUUGAGAGAGGCGAAGGAGUUGAACCCACUGAUCUUGAGUCACCUACAAAAAUACCAGGAGCAAGAUGAUCCCAAUGACCGCGAAAUGUCCCUGCAUGCUCGUCAAGGCCAGGACGAGGGCCAAACCGAACUCGGUGAAUCAAACUCACAGAGCAUCCGAAUUCGCGGACCGAGGAAACGAAAGACCAGUGGCAUGAAUGAUGACACGGCGGAAAAUAUCGCCCAGGACCUAAUGACUAUCAACACACAUAUGUCUGGCUUCAGCGUCACCUCCGUACCCACAGGCUCUUCGCAAAGUUCCCAAGUCAAGGGUAUGCUGGCUUCUGACCUUGUCGCCCACCUGAUUCCAAAUGAAGUUAACGGCUUCAAGUAUGACCGUUUGAAGAAUCAAUGGGUGAGAGAUGACGUGGAAGAACCAAAGGCGCCAAUCUCCGAACCUGCCGAGGAGGCCGAUGAUCCAUUCAGAGAUAUUCCAGAUCUCAGUGUAGACGAGAUCCAGGAGAUGAUGAGGGUCCAUGGCCUCAAUUCUCCUACAAAGAGCGAUCUCCAAGCUGAUCAAGAGCGCCUCAGGGCUCGCAGUUCCUUGCCUGCGAACGCAUCGCCGAAGAAACCUGAUGUUCGACCACACACGAGGGACGGAGAUCUAACCCUCGGUGCAAGCUCGGUCCUUCCAAAACCCACCCGUUUCACGUCUAGUGCUCCUAACACUGGGACAAGAGCUACAUCAUGGGGCACGGACAAGGCCGAACCAAUAAAAACCUCGGAGCAACGAAAAUCUGAAGCCCAGCGCGAGGAGCCCUUGUCUUCAAAGAGCCCCCGAUCCCCUGGAAAACAGGCACGUGUCGCGACAGUGAAUCUAUCAUCACCCCUAGUUUCACGCCCCUCUUCUCGCGGAGAGCCUGAUGACGACCAGUCCGACCCGAGCGCGAAUCACGCCUACCGUGGGAUUGUCUCAGAAGAAGAUACUGUCCCAGCAGACCAAGAAAAUGACUCAACACGGUCAUUUGUCCCCCCCACGGGGCGUCAAACGUCAGUCGGUGGACGGCCAUUCAUUCGACGUCCCAUCUCGAGGAUUGACGAGAGGAACGAGGAAACUGUUGAUGAAAAAAGCCUUAUCCGCCGGAAUGAUUCUCUUCGUGUUCAAGAAACACCCGCCAGAACCCAUGCAAGACAUUUUUUGAUGCCUCUCCAAAGCGCCGGGCCCGAUACGAGCUACAGCUUCCACCUCAGUCCGCUUGCGGACUUCACCGUCAACCAAGGCGACAAACCCCUGAAGCUUGAAAUGAGCUGUGUCGCUCAACGCACAAACCCUUCCUCUUUGCGAAAAGUGCGCGGGGCGUUCGCACUGGCAACUGAAGAUUUGAUCAAGCAUAUUACUGACGUGGAACCAUAUGAGCCUUAUUGGGAAAACGUGCGCUGCCUUGUCUUGCGCCAGAAGCGAUUGAUUACGCUACACAAGCUGAACGAAUUUUGCCCCCGACUAGAGGAGUUGGACGUUUCUGAUAACGAUAUUGGUCAAUUGAGCGGAGUUCCCUCAACCCUGAGAACCCUCAAGAUCCCGAGAAACUGCCUUUCUAACCUGACUCCCUGGAGUCACAUGAUCAAUCUGCAGUACUUGGACGUUUCAGGAAAUGAUAUCGAGACGUUAGAUGGCUUCGCGAGCUUGAUCCAUCUUAGGGAAUUGAAGGCCAAUGAUAAUCAGAUCUGUAACAUAGACGGGAUUACUAGUCUGAAUGGCUUGCUAAGCCUGAAGCUAAGCAACAAUUCUAUCACUGCAGUGGACUUUAAAGGGUCUGAGUUGACACGUCUUCGUGAUCUCGACUUGAGCCACAACUGUCUCGCAUCUGUUCGGAAUGUCGAAUGGCUUCCGUCACUUGCCACGCUCGAUCUGAGCGCCAACCAGAUCAGCCAUUUUGACUCCUCUGCUCCCCUUAUCAGUCUCCGUGCUCUGAAACUCUCUGAAAAUCAGUUGGAGGCUUUUGAUACGCGAACUUUCCCUUCUGUAAGCCUUCUCUACCUCGAUCAAAAUCAUCUUUCUACUGUUCUUGGCCUUGAGAAUUGUCACAAUCUCGAAGUACUGUCUCUCCGAGAGCAGGCAUCAUCCAAAGAAAAGGGCCUUGAUCACAGGGUGAAUAUUGAUUUGGGACUUGUCAAGGAUGUUCGCAAAGUCUUUUUGUCCUCCAACAAGCUUUCCCCCCAAACUGUCUGCCCGUCUGCUCCGCUAUUACGCCUUCAACUUCUUGAUGUAGCUGCGUGCACACUGAAAAGUCUCCCAGGUGACUUUGCCUUGAGCUUUCCGAAUCUGAAGGUCCUCAAUCUGAAUUUCAACUCGGUGGAUGAUGUUGAGCCACUAGUUGGAAUGAACUGUCUUGCCAGACUGAUGAUCGUCGGCAACCGUCUCUCAAGGAUGAGAAGGGUCUGUCAAAUCCUCAGUCGUCUAGGAAAAACCGGAAAAGGAACUGCAUGCUCCCUACGCAAGCUUGAUCUUCGUGGCAACCCAUUGAACGUUGGCUUUUACCCUCCAGCCGUGACUGGGAGUGGUAAUGCCGAUCUCAAGAAAUUGAAGUCUCAAGAACAAGCAGUCGUCCGGCACCAAGGAACUCACCGGGAUCUAUCUGAUGCUCUGGCUGAGAUCGGAAAUGAUGACCAGAUCUCUCACCGCGACAUGGGUGAUGAGCCGAAGACUGACAGAGACAUCGAAAUCGACGACCCAUACACUCUUCCGCUCGCCGAUCCGCAAGCGGAUCUGAAGUACCUAAGGCACCUCGAUCAAGCCACACGGCUCCGCCGAAGAGUGCUAGAGCUCUUACUCUAUGCCGGCACGAGUGGUUCUCUCCACACCCUCGACGGACUGGACCUGCGGCCCUCGCUGGGCGAUGAUUCAUCUGACAUGAACAAAGCGUGGGAUAGAUUGGAACAUCUUGGUGUUUUGCGUAGGAAGGCGCUCAAAAACUAG